AUGGAGAAGUCUCAAUCUCUCACAUCGCCACCUUAUUUUGAUGGAAACAACUAUGCUUAUUGGAAAGUUCGAAUGAGAGCUUUCCUAAAAUCUGUGGAUGAACGAGUAUGGGUUUCUAUAACAAAGGGAUUGAGAGAACCAGUCACUAUUAUUGAAGGAGUUCAAACCCCCAAAAGUGUGGAUAAUUAUUCUAGGGAUGAAAUUAAUGAAUGUGGUUGGAAUAGCAAAGGCCUGAAUGCGAUUUUCAUGGCCGUGUCCCAGGAGGAGUUCAAGCGAAUCUCCAUGUGUGGGAAUUGCAAAGAAGCUUGGGACAUUCUUGAGGUCACCCAUGAGGGCACCAAGGUUGUGAAGAAUUCUAAACUUCAAAUGCUGACCACAAGUUUUGAAGAACUGAGAAUGAAGGAUGAUGAAACAUUUGAUGCUUUUUAUGCCAAAUUAAAUGAUGUCGUCAAUUCUCGUUUUAAUUUGGGGGACAGAAUUCCUGAGAACAGAAUUGUGAGAAAAGUUCUCAGAUCAUUCCCUCAGAGGUUUCGUCCUAAAGUUACUGCCAUUGAGGAAAGUAAAGAUCUAGACAGUAUGAGAAUUGAAGAAUUGGUAGGCUCUCUGCAAACAUAUGAACACACUCUUCCCGUGGAUAAGAAACACAAGUCCAUAGCCCUCAAUACCAUUAGAGAGGAGUCAAAUGAGUCAUUCGAUGAGUCAGCUAUGAGUGACAGAGAAAUAGCUUUUUAUGCUAAGAAGUUCAGGAAAAUGUUUGUGGCUAGAAACAAUAAGAACCAGAGGCCAGAGAAGAAAAAGUUUGAGAGAUAUAAUAGAGGCUCAAGUUCAGGGAACAAGGAGAGAAGCACUGAGAAGUACACUAAAGCUAAUAAAGACAAGAUACAAUCAAAGGUGCAGUGUCAUGAAUGCCAUGGAUUUGGACACAUUCGUCUGGAAUGUGCAAAUUACAAAAAGGCAAAAGAAAGAGCUAAGAUUGCAUCUCUAAGUGAGAGUGAGUCAGAGUCGAGUGAAUCAUCAGAUAACUCUACGCCAAAAGGAAAUCUUAACUACAUGGCAUUCACUGCCUCUGUUAGCAGCAAAAGUCAAUGUAGUGAAUCAGUGUCUGAUGAUGGGAGCAUAUCUGGAAAUGAAUCUGGGUAUGAAGAUCAGUUGCAAGAAGUCUACGAGAAGCUGUAUAAGGAAUGUGUUAAAUUGAGAAAACGCAACAAAGCGCACAUUGAGGAGAUAGACUUCAGCAAACGAGAAAAUGAAGGGCUUCAAGGCAAAUUAAAUGAAGCCAUUGGUCUAACUGAUCAGCUGAAAAUGAGGAAUGUAUCUCUAGAAGAGGAAUUAAAAAAUCAAGAAAGUGAGAUGAUUCUGUUGAAGGAUAAACUGAAAUCCGUGUCCACUGGGAAAGAAAAGCUGGAUGAAAUCCUGAGGUCAGGAAAGCCUCCUGGUGAUAGGAGUGGACUAGGAUAUGAUACAGAGAAAUCUGAUACAGCUACUACAUCAAAAGUCUCCUAUAAGAAUGAGAAGAAAACUGUGUUUGUUCGUGAGUCUGUUGCAAAAGGGAAUGCUAACCCAUCUAACAAGGGUAAGAAAUCCUCUCAUGUAAAAAUGGGUGUUCAGUCUCAUGAUAAAUCAAGAGUUCGAAAUACAAGCCCUGUGUGUCACCACUGUGGUAAGACUGGUCAUGUUAUAGGAGACUGUUUUAGAUUGAAGAGAUGCACCAUGUAUGAUCAUCAUACACGCUCUCAAAGUAGAAGUGUGUACUCACCAAAAAUGGAUAGAAAUCCCAGAACUGCUCCUAAGUAUGUCUCAUCUUUCAGGGGACAAAGAGAACACAAAAAGAAUUACGUGUGCCAUAAUUGUGGUAAGGCUGGUCACAUUCGACCAAAUUGUUAUGAGCUUAGGAGGAAUCCUAUGAGAGAUGGAAAUAGUGAAUCGAGAAGAGGACAUUUAAAUCUUUGGAGUCAAGUCAGGGCCCUAACUAGACAAAAUGAGAUGCUAAAUGUCAAGAUAGACCAACUUUCAACUAGCAAAAAGGACAUCUUUCCCAAAGUUAGAAAAAUGUGGGUCAGAACUGGAAAAAUGCACACGUGCCAUGUGGCACACAUUGCUCUAAAGACCAGAGACACCUACAUGUGGUAUCUUGAUAGCGGGUGUUCUCGCCACAUGUCGGGUGAUAAAAGUCUAUUUAAAACAGUUGAGGAGUACAAGUGUGGAACAGUAACAUUUGGAGAUGGGGGAAAAGCUGAUAUAAUAGGAAGGGGUGAAAUUGAAAUACCUGGACUACCCGUCUUGAGAGAAGUCCUAUUUGUUGAUGGAUUAAAAGCAAAUCUCCUAAGUAUAAGCCAAAUGUGUGACAAUGGUGCAGAAGUCUGUUUUUCAAAAGAUAUGUGUAUUGUUUCAGAUAAUAAUGGAAAUUGCAUGAUGCAGGGAACAAGGACAUCUGAUAAUUGUUAUGGCCUUGCCUCUAAACCUCAGUAUAGUUGCAAUAGUGCUAAGAGUGAAACUACUGACCUCUGGCAUCAAAGACUUAGACAUGUGAAUCACAAAAAUCUGUCUAAAAUUGCCAAGAAAGAGAUGGUGAUAGGAUUGCCUGAGCUGGGUAAAGCAGAGACUCCUGUUUGUGGGUCAUGUCAGUUGGGAAAACAAGUUAGAACAGCUCACAAGAACACAACGGCUAUCCUGACCGAACGACCAUUAGAGUUGCUGCACAUUGAUCUUAUGGGACCCUCUAGAACUGAGAGCUUGGGGGGAAAGAGAUACAUACUGGUAAUGGUAGAUGAUUUCACCAGAUACUCUUGGGUAGAAUUUCUGAGAGAAAAAGGUGAAGCUCCUAAUGUGAUUAGAACUUUGUGCAAGAAACUUCAGAAUGAGCAAGGGAAAGCAAUAGUCAGAAUUAGGAGUGAUCAUGGAAGAGAGUUUGAAAACUCAAAUCUUGAGAGUUUCUGUGAUGAAGAAGGUAUCAGUCAAGAAUUUUCUGCCCCUAUCACUCCUCAACAAAAUGGAGUGGUCGAAAGAAAAAACAGAGUUAUUCAAGAAAUGGCACGGGUCAUGAUUCACAGCAAAAGUGUACCUACUCACUUCUGGGGAGAAGCUGUGAACACAGCAUGUCAUAUUGUGAAUAGAGUCUAUCCACGACCAAACACUUCCAAAACACCAUAUGAGAUGUGGAAAGGAAAGAAACCUAAUGUGAAAUACUUCCGGGUGUUUGGAAGUAAAUGCUACAUUUUGAGAGAUAGGGAAAACUUAGCUAAGUUUGACCCUAAGAGUGAUGAGGGAAUUUUUCUUGGAUAUUCCAGAAACAGUCGUGCUUAUAGGAGUUACAAUCUACGCACCCAAACCGUCAUGGAAUCCAUAAAUGUGGGGGUGAAUGAUGCUCCUGGAGAGGAGUUAAACAAGGAAGAGCAAACCCACACACCGAGUGAAACUGGACAAGAAGAUUUUGGUACACUGAAUCAGAACUUAGAGACCUCUUCAAGUGAAAAAGUGAGUUACCAAAAGGAGCCAUCUUCAAGAGUAAAGUUAAAUCAUCCUCAGGAUAACAUCAUAGGACACAUAGAUGAAGGAAUGAGGCUGAGGAGGAAAGUGAUAAAUCAAUUGGCUUACUCAAGCUACAUCUCACAAAUUGAACCAAAGAGAAUCGAAGAAGCCUUAAAUGAUGAGAAUUGGUUGAAUGCUAUGCAUGAAGAAAUAAACCAAUUUGUGAGGAAUAAUGUGUGGUACUUGGUGCCAAGACCAGAGAAUCACAAUGUCGUGGGUACUAAGUGGAUAUUUAAGAAUAAGUCGGAUGAGAAUGGUACAAUAGUGAGAAAUAAAGCAAGAUUGGUUGCUCAAGGGUAUGCACAAAUGGAAGGAAUAGACUUUGACGAGACCUUUGCACCAGUUGCUAGACUUGAAUCUAUUCGGAUAUUAUUCAGCAUUGCAUGCCACAUGUGUUUUAAGCUGUAUCAAAUGGAUGUCAAGAGUGCAUUUCUGAAUGGGAUCCUCCAAGAAGAAGUGUACGUCGAACAACCGAAAGGUUUUAAUGAUCCAAAAUACCCUAAUCAUGUCUAUAGGUUGAAGAAAGUCUUAUAUGGUUUGAAACAAGCUCCUAGAGCUUGGUAUGAGAGGCUUACUUCAUAUCUUGAAGAUCACAAUUUUCUGAGAGGAAAUGUUGACAGAACACUGUUUAUCAGAAAAGUUGGAGAAGACAUAACAGUUGCUCAAAUCUAUGUGGAUGACAUUGUAUUUGGAUCAUCGAUUGACGCCUUGGCUCUUGAGUUUGCUGAAGAAAUGAAAAAUGAAUUUGAAAUGAGCAUGGUGGGUGAACUAACCUUUUUCUUAGGACUCCAAGUGAAACAGUUAGAUAAUGGGUUGUUCAUAUCUCAAUCCAAAUAUGCAAAGGAAUUAAUCAAAAAAUUUGGAUUAGAUGGGAAAAGCCAUGCCAGAACCCCCAUGAGCACGAGUGUUAAGCUUAGUACUGAUGGGUCAGGCAAGAAUGUUGAGCAAUCCUUGUAUAGGAGCAUAAUUGGGAGUCUACUGUAUCUCGCUGCAAGUAGACCAGACAUUGCUUUUAGUGUUGGGGUCUGUGCUAGAUUUCAAGCCAAUCCUAAGGAAUCACAUUUAGUAGCUGUCAAACGCAUACUUCGCUAUGUAAAUGAGACAGUCAAUUAUGGGAUCUGGUAUUCUAGAGACUCUAAUACUGAGCUUGCAGGCUAUUCCGAUGCUGACUGGGCAGGUAAUGCAGAUGAUAGGAAAAGUACUUCUGGUGGGUGUUUCUAUGUCGGCACAAACCUUGUUGCCUGGAUGAGCAAGAAGCAAAACUCCAUAUCGCUAUCCACGGCUGAGGCUGAAUAUAUUGCUGCAGGCAGCUGUUGCACGCAAUUGUUGUGGAUGAAGCAAAUGUUGUGUGACUAUGGCAUUACUCAAGCUUCAAUCAUGUCUCGAAGGGUUCGUUCACACCAAAAUCCUCCAGCCCCCGCUCAAGCACAUUUUCGCAAUCCUCGUGCAAGAGAACUCUACACUCAAAAUUUUUCCACCCGUUCUCUUAUUGUUGAGCGGGAAUCUCGCCAGUGGCUCGCCUUGACCACUGGUCAUCCCACUCCUUCUGUGGAGUUGGUUAAGGAGUUCUACUCCAAUAUUGAUGCCAUCGCUGAUGAUGGCUCUUUUGAAGUCAGUCUCCGGAACAUUGUUUUCCGGGUGACUCCGGGCAUGGUUGCGGACUUGCUACAUGCCCCGCGAGUGGCAAACCCCACUUAUCCAUAUACACGGACUUCUCCUCCAAGUCCGACUGUCAUUGUUCAAUGUUUAAUCGGUCCUUUUUCGAGUUGGGAUGGUAAGACACCCAUUCUCACCUCUCGUUUUUCACCCGAGUUUCUCAUUCUCAGUAGGAUAGUCCUUACAAACCUUUAUCCUACUGGUCAUCAGAGUGAUGUCGGUCCUGACCGCGCCACUCUUUUGUAUGCAUUGAUAAAUGAUGUCUCCAUUGAUCUGGGGAGUCAUCUGUGUCGGGUCAUGCUUGAGGCGUUUAAUUCUCCGAAAUUACGGACUGGCUUGCCUCUCGCCUGCCUCAUUACUAGGUUAGCCCUCUCUCAGACUGUUAUGCUUCGUCCUAAUGAGCCUAGAGUUCCUCUUAAGGCUCCCAUUGGGCGUAGGACCAUGCAGUUGAGUCGUGCUCACAUUACCCCUCACCCACUGGAUGUUGAGCAUCCUCCUGCAUCUUCCUCUCAGCCAUCCACAUCUCAGCCUUCCACUUCUCAGCCAUCUAGUUCACAGCCUCAGGGCCCGGCAGCGGGAUCAGUCGAUCCCAGCCUUCAGCAGGUUCUUGAGUACCUUGCCCGGCUUGAAGCUCGGUUUGAAGCCCGAUUUGAUCAUCUUGAUGCCAAAGUUGACAGCUUUCAGCAGCUUGUGACUAAACGCUUCGACGAUAUUGAGGAGCGGCUUGAUGAAGAAGAUGGCAGUCAAUCUGGUGGGGACAGUUGA